AUGAUGAAUGGAAAUCUUGUAAUUCAUAAUAUAUUUAGUGAAUUUCAAAAAAGUCUUGAUGAGGAACAGGAACUACGUGAGGUUAUCCGCAACAUUUGCAAAGAAGUCGAUUCUAUAUCUCGAAAGACAACAACUGUGCUUCAAGUUAUUCAUUAUAAUGAGGCGGGUAUUGCUCCUGCUUGUCUUCAGGCUAGAGAGUUGUUUGAAGAAGCCAAUGCUGGAUAUGCUAAACUAAAAGAUGCAGUACCCUCUACCAAAUAUUACAAAUAUCAAGAUCACUGGAAAUUUAUGACUCAGCGUUACUGUUACCUUAUUUCCUUAACCAUUUGGCUUGAGAAAGGGAUAAUGGCAACCCAUGAGACAGUGGCUGAAGUGCUUGUAAGCGCAGUAGAAGAGAAAGAAGGUUUCCAUCUAGACAUAGAGGACUACCUUGUGGGUCUUUUGAAUUUGUGCUCAGAGUUGUCACGGCUGGCGGUCAACUCAGUCACUCGAGGUGACUAUAACAGACCUCUCCAGAUAUCAAAGUUUGUUAUGGAACUGAAUGCUGGCUUCAGGUUACUUAACUUCAAAAACGAUCACUUGCGAAAGCGGUUCGACGCUCUCAAAUACGACGUGAAGAAAAUAGAAGAAGUUGUCUAUGAUCUCAGUAUCCGUGGUUUACUUCCUAAAACGGAGACUGAUGGCAUGGCCAUAGAGUCGUAG